AAAGCCCUACGUUCACCCUCCAUCUGCUGCAACCUCACGCCGCCACGCCAACCGUCGUCGAAUGUUCUUUCUUUUCUCGGUUGCUUGGGUUAAUUUUUGGAUUCAGCUAGGUUUUAAUUUGAGAUCGUUCCAAAUCCGUCCUAUUUUCGACGCAAAUUUUGAAAUUCUACCACGUAGAGGCCCUGAACUGCACCGCGAUCUCUCUCGAAAGUGAGGUAUUUUCCAAGAAGUUCACAUUUCAAUCGAUUGCAAGCCGUCGUCAGUCUCUGUUUCAGCUACCAGCUGAUAUUUUGCAGCAGGAAUUAUUAUGUCGCUUUUUAAACUUUCAAGAACUGGAGUUCGGAUGAUAAAAGAGCUCUUCAUAGGGCAGUUUUUACUCGUGACUAAAGCAAGUCACAUUCGGGGGCCUUUUUUUGAAUACUUGCGACCUCUGCCACAGUCACAAGUUCAGAUGUUUCAAGGUUUUAAAUGGCGGGAACAACGUCUGUAUUCUACCUCAGGUCCUCAGGAUGGCUGCAAUAAAGAGAAUGACCCAAAAGAAACGAUAUCUGUCACAUUUGUCCUUAAGGAUGGAGAAGAGAAACAAAUUCAAGUUCCCAUUGGAAUGUCCAUGUUAGAAGCUGCUCAUCUAAAUGACAUAGAACUUGAAGGAGCAUGUGAAGGUUCAUUAGCUUGUUCAACUUGUCAUGUUAUUGUGAUGGAUACAGACUACUACAAUAAACUAGAAGAACCCUUGGAUGAGGAGAACGACAUGUUGGAUCUGGCAUUCGGACUUACAGAAACGUCUCGCUUGGGAUGUCAAGUUAUUGCAAAACCUGAACUUGAUGGAAUACGUUUAGCCAUUCCUGCGGCCACCAGGAAUUUUGCUGUUGAUGGCUUUACUCCAAAGCCACACUAACCAUUUCGCAACUAUAAGAGGACGAUCAAACAAUGUUCAACCCACCAAUUUUGCCUCGCGGUCGAAUUUAAUUCUGCUCUCGUGGUUCCAAGUAUGUUGGAAACUGUUUAUAGAAUUGCUUAAAUCUACCUUCUAUUCGCUUGAAAACGUAGCUGAUAUGUCAUGAUCAAAUUCCAUAAAAGAAAAGGUUCAAAUUUUUUUACUAAGCUCUGAUUAUAGAUCAAUAAUUUGUUUGAAA